GCUGCUGUGAAUUCACGUGGAGUAUUUUAAAGCAAGCACCAUCAAGCACACGAGUGAACCCACCAAAAUGAAACAAAAGGAAGGAGUAAUGUACGUUUUUUUUUAUUGUAUAGUUAACGUCACUUGCUAGGAAACUAGCUAGCCAUGUAGCAUUCAAAACCGUGUUAGUUGAGCUCUUCCAUCAAGCGAAAUGUACUAUGUAAUGGCAUCUGUGUUGUUUUACUCAAGUGUCACGGUUGUCCAUAGCUGAAGUGUUUUCCUGUUGAAUGACUGUUUCCUUAGAAAACCUAAGACGAAGAGGGCUAAGCGCUUUCUUGACAACAGAGCUCCCAAGCUUACAGAGAACGUAAAGAAUGCCAUGAUCAUGAAAGGAGGCAACACCAGUAUGACUGUCACUCAAGCGCUGAAGGACAUUGUACGUUUUCUGACUGUCGACCCUCUCCUACCAGAAUCAUGAAGACUGUCAAGUUUUGAGUGCCAGAUGGCUAGAUAACUGUUAAUUUAUUUUUCUCUCCAGUAUGCCCUGAAGAAACCAUGUGCUGUACUGUACAAAAAGUAAGUGACGGAUUUUAAAGGUCCAAUGCAGCCGUUUUUAUCUCUUAUCAAAUCAUUUCUAGGUAACAAAUGACUACCUUACUGUGAUUGGUUAAAAUUAAAAUGGUCAAAAAGAAACAAAAAUAGCUUCUUAGUGCUAGCAUAAAAGGUAUUUACUAUCUGUGAGUGGGAAAACUGUUAAUGGGAGAGAGGUUUGGAACUCUCUUAUUGGUCUAUUAACUAAUUUAUAGCCUGGUGAUGUAAUGGAGCCAAUUUGUAAGUCGCUCUGGAUAAGAGCGUCUGCUAAAUGACGUAAAUGUAAUGGAGCCAGAUGCCUGCCAAAAGGUUAGGAUUGUAAGAAAAUUCAUACAUCAAUUGUUAGGAUCAUAAGAAAAGCCAUGUGUGAAACAUGAACGUAAACGUGACAUUUCAUCUGUGAACAUUCAAACACCAUGUUACGAUUACAUUAUAGGCUUGAACAAAUCUUGUUGCAAUUCUGACAUACAUUAAUACCUUUCAGAGUUUUGGCAGAUUCAUCUCACCAACAAAAAAAACAUUGGAGUCUUUGCCACUUAAAUAUUUUUUUUAUAUAAUAUUUUGACAUUUAUUUCAUCACUCAAAAUCUUGCCAAAGCAUAUCCUGUAGGAGGGGUUAAUAUUUUUUGAUAUGAUUUAUAUGAAUCGGGUCAUGAACAUAUGGACUAUGAAAUGAACAAGGGAGAGGUAUGGACUAUGAAAUGAACAAGGGAGAGGUAGGCAAAGUCUAGCAUUCGUUUAUUCCCACGCUUUACAAUAACUCUGUUGCAGUGGUCUUAGGUAGUCUCCGUAUAGGCUAUUCCCUCCAUUGCAACACUGCUGCCCAGUUGAAGAGCUUGUGAUCUCCAUGCAGCACCAUGCACCUUCGGAAAAGCACCCCUCAGCCUCAGAAGAGACCCUUCUGGAGGCAUGCAGUCAUAGUCAUUAUACCCUAAUGUAGGCCUAUUUGCCUACUAGCCAAAUAAAGUGCAGAGCAUGCAUGAGGUGUGCAACUCGUCAUUCCAACAUAUUUGAACAUUUAAUUCAUCCUUUGUUCAGUCAGUCAGUAUGGCAUCCAUUCAGUCAUUUGUCUGAGUUGGAAUAGGAACUAAAUCAAAGAGAAUAUAACUGUCUUAUCCAUUUGUUUAUUGAAAUCAUGUGUAUUCAAAAUAAUCUAAAUUCUCAAGUUCUUUAGCCAAUCACUUUCUUUUAAUUAUUAUUAUUUUUUUUUCACCUUUUAUUUAACCAGGUAAGCCAGUUGAGAACAAGUUCUCAUUUACAACUGCGACCUGGCCAAGAUAAAGCAAAGCAGUGCGAUAAAAACAACAACACAGAGUUACAUAUGGGGUAAAAAAACAUAAAGUAAAAAAAAUAGGGUAUUUACAGGCUAUUUACAGACACACGACAAAAACAGGACUGCACUACUACGCCAUCUUGGAUUCUAUCUUUAAUAAUUCAAUGUUUAAUUUAAGCCUAUCCAAAUAAAAAAUAGGCCUUCAACUUGUAGGCAUUGCAAUUUAGGCUAUAAGUUUGGGUACUGGUGUCUUGCGGAAUAAUUUUAGAACUCUAUUUGUGUUUUAUAACUGUUUUUAUUAUAGGGCUCCCCUUUAAAGAGUCCCUAGCUCACAGGCCUCUAAAUAUGGCCUCUAAAUAUGGUCUCUAAAUAUGGCCUCUAAAUAAAUUUUGAACAAAAUAGUUGAAGAAGCACGUGCAGUGGCUGAUAGGGAAAACAGAUCUAGCAAUAAGAAUAGGAUAUAGAUAGUCUUGACCAUUUGAGACCCCUUGGCUAUUUCGCUCAGGAUAGGUUAUAGCCAAGACUUAAUCAAUAUUUUGUUAUGUCUCAUUUAUUGAUAUGGAUAUAGCCUCUGUGAUGGGGUUGUGCAACGAAAAUGGUUAUAACAAGCAUACAUACAGAGCGGAAUUCACUAAUACAACACUCAAAAUGCCUAAUAUAAGGCCUACAGUUCGUGCUCACAAAUACUGGAAAAAGUGUGAUUCAUUAGGUUAUAUGAUCACUACAAUAGCCCGACCUGGCUAUACAAAUGAAUUAUGCAAUUAUAUGGCCAUUAAAUAACACACAACAGCAUGGCAUAUUUAGAUGGCGGAAUAGGCCUAAAUCUAAUUUACUUUCUAUUUUGCAGCUGAGACGGUUAUUCUAGACAAGGCUCUUCUGUGUCUUUGAAGAAUGGCACUGAAGGAGAUGGCUGCUGUUUUACGGGCUCCUAAUGAAUUGUGCCAUUGUGUGUGUUUUUACGCGUUAUUUGUAACUUAUUUUGUACAUAAUGUUUCUGCCACUGUCUCUUAUGAUCGAAAAGAGCUUCUGGAUAUCAGGACAGCGAUUACUCACCUCGUACUGGACAAAUACUUUUUCUUUAACGAGUCAGAGGCGAAGGAUUUUCUUCAGACACCCGACAAGGCCCAAAUCCCCGUCAUUCAAAUCAAAUUAUAUUUGCCACAUGCGCCGAAUACAACAAGUGUAGACCUUACAGUAAAAUGCUUACUUACAAGCCCUUAACCAACAAUGCAGUUUUGAGAAAAAAAAAGUGUUACGUCCGUGUAGCCAUGAUUAGCUGUUCAGGAGUCUUAUGGCUUGGGGGUAGAAGCUGUUAAGAAGCCUUUUAGACUUAGACUUGGCGCUCCGGUACCGCUUGCCGUGCGGUAGCAGAGAGAACAGUCUAUAACUAGGGUGGCUGGAGUCUUUGACAAUUUUUAGGGCCUUCCUCUGACACCGCCUGGUAUAGAGGUCCUGGAUGUCAGGAAGCUUGGCCCCAGUGAUGUACUGGGCCGUACGCACUACCCUCUGUAGUGCCUUGUGGUCAGAGGCCGAGCAGUUGCCAUACCAGGCGGUGAUGCAACCAGUCAGGAUGCUCUCGAUGGUGCAGCUGUAUCACUUUUUGAGGAUCUGAGGACCCAUGCCAAAUCGUUUGUCUCCUGAGGGGGAAUAGGCUUUGUCGUGCCCUCUACACGACUGUCUUGGUGUGUUUGGACCAUGAUAGUUUGUUGGUGAUGUGGACACCAAGGAACUUGAAACUCUCAACCUUUUCCACUACAGCCCCGUCGAUGAGAAUGGGGGUGUGCUCAGUCCUCUUUUUUUCCCCCCUGUAGUCCACAAUCAUCUCCUUUCGCAUGAGAAAGAGACAGAGAUAUCGGGGACGUAGGUCAGGGUGCCUUGUAAGGAUCUGACGGCGAGUGCGUAAUCUGCCUCUACCAUCAGACUUAUUAGCCAACGUACAAUCAUUGGAUAACAAAAUAGACGAACUAAGAUCACGGACAUCCUACCAACGGGACAUUAAAAACUGUAAUAUCUUAUGUUUCCCCUAGUCGUGGCUGAACGACGACAUGGAUAACAUACAGCUGGCGGGAUAUACGCUGCAUCGGCAAGAUAGAACAACUGGGUGGCGGUCUGUGUAUAUUUGUAAACAACAACUGGUGCACGAAAUCUAAUAUUAAGGAAGUCUCAAGGUUUUGCUCGCCUGAGGUAGAGGAUCCCAUGAUAAGCUGUAGACCACACUAUUUACCAAGAGAGUUUAUCUAUAUUUUUUGUAGCUGGCUAUUUACCACUCAAACCGAUGCUGGCACUAAAACCACACUCCAUGAGCUGUAUAAGGCCAUAAGCAAACAGGAAAAUGUUCAUCCAGAGGCGGCGCUCCUAGUGGCCGGGGACUUUAAUGCAGGCAAACUUAAAUCCGUUUUACCUAAUUUCUACCAGCAUGUUACAUGUGCAACCAGAGGAAAAAAAACUCUAGACCACCUUUACUCCACACACAGAGACGCGUACAAAGCUCGCCCUCCAUUUGGCAAAUCUGACCAUAACUCUAUCCUCCUGAUACCUGCUUACAAGCAAAAACUAAAGCAGGAAGCACCAGUGACUAGGUCAAUAAAUAAGUGGUCAGAUGACGCAUAUGCUAAGCUACAGGACAGUUUUGCUAGCACAGACUGGAAUAUGUUCCGGGAUUCUUCCGAUGGCAUUGAGGAGUACACCACAUCAGUCACUGGCUUCAUCAAUAAGUGCAUCGAUGACAUCGUCCACACAGUGACCGUACAUACCCCAACCAGAAGCCAUGGAUUACAGGCAACAUCCGCACUGAGCUAAAGGGUAGAGCUGCCGCUUUCAAGGAGCAGGAGUCUAACCCGGAUGCUUAUAAGAAAUCCUGCUAUGCCCUCCGACGAACCAUCAAACAGGCAAAGCGUCAAUACAGGAAUAGGAUUGAAUCAUACUACACCGGCUCCGACGCUCGUCAGAUGUGGCAGGGCUUGCAAACUAUUACAGACUACAAAGGGAAGCACAGCCGCGAGCUGCCCAGUAACACGAGCCUACCAGACAAGCUAAAUUACUUCUAUGCUCGCUUCGAAACAAGCAACACUGAAGCAUGCAUGAGAGCAUCAGCUGUGCCGAACGACUGUAUGAUCACACUCUCCGUAGCCGAUAUGAGUAAGACCUUUAGACAGGUCAACAUUCACAAGGCCAGACGGAUUACCAGGAUGUGUACUCUGAGCAUGCGCUGACCAACUGGCAAGUGUCUUCACUGACAUUUUCAACCUGUCCCUGACUGAGUCUGUAAUACCAACAUGUUUCAAGCAGAUCACCAUUGUCCCUGUGCCCAAGAACACUAAGGUAACCUGCCUAAAUGACUACCGACCCGUAGCACUCACGUCUGUAGCCAUGAAGUGCUUUGAAAGGCUGGUCAUGGCGCACAUCAAUUCCAUUAUCCCAGAAACCCUAGACCCACUCCGAUUUGCAUACCGCCCCAACAUAUCCACAGAUGAUGCAAUCUUUAUUGCACUCCACACUGCCCUUUCCCACCUGGACAAAAGGAACACCUACGUGAGAAUGCUAUUCAGUGACUACAGCUCAGCGUUCAACACCAUAGUGCCCUAAAUGCGCAUCACUAAGCUAAGGAUCCUGGGACUAAACACCUCCCUCUGCAACUGGAUCCUGGACUUCCUGACGGGCCGCCCCCAGGUGCUAAGGGUAGGUAACAACACAUCUGCCACACUGAUCCUCAACACAGGGGCCCCUCAGGGGUGCGUGCUCAGUCCCUUCCUGUAUUCCCUGUUCACCCAUGACUGCAUGGCCAGGCACGACUCCAACACCAUCAUUAAGUUUGCCGACGACACAACAGUGGUAGGCCUGAUCACCGACAACGAUGAGACAGCCUAUAGGGAGGAAGUCAGAGACCUGGCUGUGUGGUGCCAGGAUAACAACCUCUCCCUCAACGUGAUCAAGACAAAGAAGAUGAUUGUGGACUACAGCAAAAAGAAGAGGGCCGAGCACGCCCCCAUUCUCAUCAACUGGGCUGUAGUGGAACAGGUUGAGAGCUUCAAGUGCCUUGGUGUCCACAUCACCAACAAACUAUCACAGUCCAAACACACCAAGGCAGUCGUGAAGAGGGCACGACAAAGCCUAUUCCCCCUCAAUAGACUGAAAAGAUUUGGGUCCUCAGAUCCUCAAAGUUCUACAGCUGCACCAUCGAGAGCAUCCUGACUGGUUGCAUCACUGCCUGGUAUGGCAACUGCUCGGCCUCCGACCGCAAAGCACUACAGAGGGUAGUGCGUACGGCCCAGUACAUCACUGCAGUCAAGCUUCCUGCCAUCCAGGACCUCUAUACCAGGCGGUGCCAGAGGAAGGCCCUAAAAAUGCUUGAAGACUCCAGCCACCCUAGUCAUAGACUGUUCUCUCUGCUACCGCACGGCAAGCAGUACCGGAGCGCCAAGUCUAGGUCCAAAAGGCUUCUUAACAGCUUCUACCCCCAAGCCAUAAGACUCCUGAACAGCUAAUCAAAUGGCUACCCAGACUAUUUGCAUUGUUCCCCCCCACCCCCUAUUUUACGCUGCUGCUACUCUCUGUUUAGUAUCUAUGCAUAGUCACUUUAACUCUACCUACAUGUACAUAUUACCUCAAUUACCUUGACUAACCUGUGCCCCCGCACAUUGACUCUGUACCGGUACCCCCUGUAUAUAGCCUCGCUACUGUUAUUUUACUGCUGCUCUUUUAAUGAUUUUUUUAUUUUUAUUUUUUACUUAUCUAUUUUUGACUUAACAUUUAUUUUUCUUAACUGCAUUGUUGGUUAAGGGCGCGUAAAUAAGCAGUUCACUGUAAGGUCUACACCAGUUGUAUUCGGCGCAUGUGACAAAUAACAUUUGAUUUGAUUUAUCAAAAGGUAAUUUGCUGAAGGCCCAAGCCUAUACUACGCCAUCUACUGGUAUAACAUUGUUAUUGAAUGCAGUUCUAAAACAAGAUCUUGACAUUUAUUUUGGAAAUGAAACCGGAAGCUGCAAAGCAACUCUAACAUCUGGGCAAAAGUUGCUUCACUGACUGGCUGACUUCAAUUAGCUACGUUUGGUUCGUGUCCUUUGCAGAUGCCACCUUACUGACAAAAGUUUGUACGCAUAAAAAAUAUCUGUAACCGAGUAAAGGGAGACGUAAAGUAAGAAUAUAACGUGUAAAUGUUCAUUCAUAGUCGUUAAAUAGGGUUUAACGUUUACGUUUCAUGUUUCACGCAUGGCUUUUCUUACGAUCCUAACAAUUUAGGUAUGGAUUUUCUUACGAUCCUAACGAUAUGUACGCUCAACCUUUUGGCAGUUAUCCGGCUCCAAAUGAUGUAACCAGGCCAGCUGUUUUCAGCAACUGUAUUUUUUUAUUCGGUUGUCAUAUUGGUAGGUUUGCUAGCAACAAACGAUUUAGCUAGCUUCUAGCCUAGUGUUUGAUAUGCGAUCUCCUCGUAAUUAACAGUCAGUAUUGACCGGUGUCCAGACGAGAAGACAAACUUUUCUAGCUAUGCCAUGCAAAAUCAGGCAUUAUCAGCUCAUUGUUAUGGAUGUAUCCAAAUGAAUGUCAAUAGAAAUGUUAUUCUGGCUGCAGAGGUCAUGACUGUGUUAGCCAUAGCUAGCUGGCUAGCUAGCAAGGGAUAGGAACGUUGCCGAUCAUAAACAGCGAACGACUGGGUCUGUCCUAAUCGAACGAACGACUGGGUUGCGUCUCUAGCAACCAAAAUAUGAGAAAGUAUGAAUACACUUAUAUAAAUGAAAUAUCACGAUUUUGGGGGGUUUUCUACCGGUACAUGUGUGCUUAGUAUUGUUUUCUUUGCAACUGUGGUAUAAGUGGGAGAACUGCUUAAACAAACGCAACGAAUUAUACUUUUCUGUUAUUGUGGCUGCAGAGGUAGUGACUGUUUAGCCAUAGCAAGUUGGCUAGCUAGCAGCAAGCAAGGGAUAAGAAUGUAGCCACUGAGCAUGGCAAUGGAACAUAAAGAACGAACUACUGGGUCGCGUCUCUAGCAACCAGAAUUUGCUUAUGAAAAUAUAAACGAAAAAUAAGUAUUUAUACCGGUAAAUGUGUGCUUACAUUUUGUUUUCUUUGGCAACUGUGGUACACUACAUGACCAAAAGUAUGUGGACACCUGCUCGUCGAACAUCUCAUUCCAAAAUCAUGGGCAUUAAUAUGGAUUUGGUCCCCCCUUUUCUGCUAUAACAGCCCCCACUCUUCUGGGAAGGCUUUCCACUAGAUGUUGGAACAUUGCUGCAGGGACUUCCUUCCAUUCAGCCACAAGCAUUAGUGAGUUCAGGAACUGAUGUUGGGUGACUAAGCCUGGCUCGCAGUUGGCGAUCCAGUUCAUCCCAAAGAUGUUCGAUGGGGUUGAGGUCAGGGCUCUGUGCAGGACAGUCAAGUUCUUUCACACCGAUCUCGACAAACCAUUUCUGUAUGGACCUCGCUUUGUGCACAGGGCAUUGUCAUGCUGAAACAAUAAAGGGCCUUCCCCAAACUGUUGCCACAAAGUUGGAAGCACAGAAUAAUCUAGAAAGUAAUUGUAUGCUAUAGCAUUAUUUCCCUUCACUGGAACUAAGGAGCCUAGCCCGAACCAUGAAAAACAGCCCCAGACCAUUAUUCCUCCUCCACCAAACUUUACAGUUGGCACUAUGCAUUGGGGCAGGUAGCGUUCUCCUGGCAUCCGCCAAACCCAGAUUCGUCCAUCGGACUGCCAGAUGAUGAAGCGUGAUCCAUCACUCCAGAGAAUGCGUUUCUACUGCUCCAGAGUACAAUGGUGGCGAGCUUUACACCACUCCAGCCGACGCUUGGCAUUGCGCACAGUGAUCUUAGGCUUGUGUGUGGCUGCUCGGCCAUGUAAACCCAUUUCAUGAAGCUCCUCACGAACAGUUCUUCUGCUGAUGUUGCUUCCAGAGGCAGUUUGGAACUCGGUACUGAGUGUUGCAACCGAGGACAGAUGAUUUUUACGUGCUUCAGCACUCUGCUGUCCCAUUCUGUGAGCUUGUGUGUCCUACCACUUCAUGGCUGAGCCGUUGUUGCUCCUAGGCAUUUCCAGUUCACAAUAACAGCACUUACAGUUGACCGGGGCAUUUCUAGCAGGGCAGAAAUGUGACUAACUGACUUGUUGGGAAGGUGGCAUCCUAUGACGGUGGCAUCCCUGUGUCACAGAGCUCUUCAGUAAGACCAUUCUACCGCCAAUGUUUGUCUAUGGACAUUGCAUGGCUGUGUGCUCGAUUUUAUACACCUUUCAGCAACGUAGCCGAAUCCACUAAUUUUGAAAGGGUGUCCACAUACUUUUGUGUAUAUAUAGUGUAUCAGCGGGAUAAACGCCUCCGUUCUGUAUAUAAUUUUUACAAGUUAAACUUCGCGAUGGACUCAUGCUACUUACGCCAAAUCGUACCACGCUCAGUCGCUUAGGUCACUCGUUUUGCCCAUUCUAACGUUCAAUCAAACAGUAACGGAAUGCCUUAGGCCUGUCUGCCUGCUUUACUGUCUGUAGGAGCUAACCAUUUUUGUGAACGGGGUGGUGAACCUAAUAAACUGGCAAUGGAGUGUGUGUGUGUGUAUAUCUGUCUCAGGAAAAUCACGUUUUUGACUGCACUGGGGCUUUAACUUUACUUGAGUAGGAGAACCGUUAUUAUUUUAACAAAUCCAGUAUUGUGGUAGUACUGAAAUUAUUGUAUUUAGUCUUCAUGUUUUAUUUUCCCCCUGUAAACAUUGGAUAUUUACAGCAACUUGGGCAUAAAGGACUGAGUAUACUGAAAUAAUAACAAAACAUAAAUAGUCCAUCUAUUGUUAGUACUUGAGAAAUGUGUUUUUUUAUUGUGCAUGUAAACUAAAUGUUGUCUUUCCUUCCAGGAAAAAUAUAACCAGGCCAUUUGAAGAUUCUACAUCAUUGGUCAGUUAACCAGAGAUAAUGCAUGUCUUCAGUACCCUCUAAUAACUGAUUUGUUUAACCUGAUAAUACCAAUUGUUUUUGAUUCCUCUAGUUCUUAAACAUGCACAGUAUAGUGAGUGUUUCAAUGUAGUAGUAAAGUGUAUCUUAAUCCUGGUCCAAGGGACAUUUUUGUUGUAGCCCUAGCACUACACACCGGAAUUCUAGUGGAAUCAGGCGUGUAGUGCUAGGGAAAACACAAACAUUUGCUCCUCUUUGGGUCCACAGGACCAGGAUUAAAAAACACUGCAGUAGUGUAAUAGUUAGCAUCACUUUAAAAUGCAAUGUAUUCACUGCACUGCCAUUUCCCAUCACCAAUAUUUUGUCUGUCUACAGGAAUUCUUCUCGAAGAAAACGGAUAGCUCCCUGUUUUUGUUUGGCUCACACAACAAGAAAAGGCCAAACAAUCUCAUAUUUGGUAAGCAUUUUUGUAUUCUAUCAUUGGGAGACAGAGACCUUGCUCUCUACACGAGAUGUCUAGUACUUUUCAAAGCAGAUAAGGGUUUGACCUUGUUUUUCUCCUUUCCUUUUUACCGAUUACAGGUCGUCUGUUUGAUUUCCACGUGCUGGAUAUGAUUGAGCUGGGCAUUGAGAAGUAUAACUCCUUGAGUGAGAUCAAGGUGAUGUUUCUGCAGUUUCUAUAGUCAUUUGUAGUUGUGUUGUUUCACAUUGCUGCAUGAUACCACUGAUGUGAGUUCUGGAGUUGUAUCAAUGUUUUUUGCAGAGUGUGUUCAGUACCUGAUGUUCUGUACAUUCUUAAUCUCCCCAAAUCUUAGUUCUUUAAGUGUCGUCACCACAUUUCUGUACAUGCACUCUGCUACAAAAAGCCAAAUGAAUACACCUCCUUGGAUACAGGGGUCUGAAUGAACAACUACAAAUUAACUAUUUCCUCUUAACACUAUUUUAGACACACUGUUUCCCUGUUCUUUUAAUUUUUUUAAUUUUUGUUUUACUGAUAAAAACAUGCCAAAACACUUGUGUGGAACAGGCACCCAUGGACUGUGAACAAGUGAAGUUAGUGUUACCCGUCAUAUCAUAAUCUUCCUCCUGUCAUUUUAUGUUCUGUUUCCAAUGCAUUGCAGAGCAGCAAAUGUCCUGAGGGGACCAAACCGAUGCUGGUGUUUGCAGGGGAGGCUUUUGAUCAUGAUAAUGACCACAAACGCCUAAAGAGCCUUCUUACAGGUACAAUUUAGUCUUAAUCUAAACAUUUACAUUCGGUGUUAAUCAGACGUCGUGGGGUUAAUUUCAGUCCUACCCCUUCAGUUAGAACAAAUUUCCUCUAACUAUACUGAACAAAAAUAGAAACGCAACAUGCAACAAUUUCUACGAUUUUACUGAGUUACAGUUCAUAAAGGAAAUCAGUCAAUUGAAAUAAAUUCAUUAGGCCUAAUCUAUGGAUUUCACAUGACUGGGCAGGGGUGCAGCCAUAGGUGGGCCUGGGAGGGCAUAGGCCCCACCCACUUGGGAGCCAGGUCAACCCACUGGGUAGCCAGGCCCAGCCAAUCAGAAUGAGUUUUUCCACACAAAAGGGCUUUAUCACAGACAUAAAUACUCCUCAGCACCCCCAGUUCGAUGUACUGCCAAAUUCUAUAAAAAAAGACUGAUGCGGCUUAUGGUAGAGAAAUUAACAUUAAAUUAUCUGGCAACAGCUCUGUUGGACAUUCCUGCAGUCAGUAUGCCAAUUGCACGCUCCCUCAACUUUAGACAUCUGUGGCAUUGUUGUGUGACAAAAAUGCAUAUUUUAGUGGCAUUUUAUUGUCCCCAGCACAAGGUGCACCUCUGUAAUGAUCAUGCUGUUUAAUCAGCUUCUUGAUAUGCCACACCUGUCAGGUGGAUGGAUUAUCUUGGCAAAGGAGAAAUGAUCACCCACAGCCCAUCUGAAAUUAGCCCACCCAACUACCUCAUCCCUAUAUUGUUAUUUAUUUGGCUCUUUUGCACCCCAGUAUCUCUAUUUGCACAUAAUCUCUUGCACAUCUAGCAUUCCAGUGUUAAUACUAAUUGUAAUUAUUUUGCACUAUAGCCUUUAUUGCCUUACCUCCAUAACUUGCUACAUUUGCACACACUGUAUAUAUAUUUUCUGUUGUAUUUUUUGACUUUGUUUUGUUUACCCCAUAUGUAACUCUGGUUGUUUUUAUCGCACUGCUUUGCUUUAUCUUGGCCAGGUCGCAGUUGUAAAUGAGAACUUGUUCUCAACUGGCUUACCUGGUUAAAUAAAGGUGAAAAUAAAAUAAAAUAAAAGGAUGUAAACAAACAAAUUUGUGCACAACAUUUGAGAGAAAUAAGCUUUUUAUUCCAGCUCAUGAAAAAUGGGACCAACAUUUUACAUGUUGCGUUUUAUUUUUGCUCAGUAUAAUUUUUUUGGGGGGGAAACAUACCUUCACAAUCCAUAGUAUUUUUGUAGUUUGUAAUAAUAUUGCAUUUCAUGUCAGCGGUGCUAUUUUACUUUUUUUUUCUUCUUUUUUUUUCUUGUCGUACAGACUUCUUCAGGGGUCCUGUUGUGCCUUCUGUGCGUCUGGCUGGUCUGGAGCAUGUCCUGCACUUCACUGCUCUGGAGGGGAAAAUCUACAUGCGCAGCUACAGGUAUGUCUGCCUGCUAGCAGCUAGACCAUCUACCAAUGCCUCAUAUUAUUCACGUUAGAUUAUGGAUGAAUUACAUAUGAUCUGCAUCUUUCACCCCUGAAAUGAUCACUAGUCAAAGCUCUUUGGUUUCUCAAGAUCUCUGUUGAAGAAGUCUGGAUGUCGUACACCAAGAAUUGAGCUGGAGGAGAUUGGGCCGUCUUUUGACUUUGUCUUGCGGAGAACCCACCUGGCAUCAGACGACCUGUACAAGACUGCUCACAGACAGCCCAAGGCUCUGAAGGUAUGAAACAUGUCUAGUUGCAGUCAUCUUUUUCAAUCUCUUUCAAGAGUCGCUAUGUUGAAUGUCACGCAAGGUUGCUUCUUUUUAAAAGUAUCUUAAUUGCACAAUGGUAUUGUGUGCCAUUGGCCAAAUAAUGAAGAAGUAUCUAUGUAAUGAAAUGAAACAUCAAGGCAAUCACAGUCAUCAUGUUGUUCUUUGUCAAUUCUGUUCUUUACAGCCCAAGAAGAAGAAGAACAUAUCCCACGAUACCUUUGGUACCAAGUUUGGCAGGUUGCACAUGCAGAAGCAGGAUCUGGCCAAGCUGCAGACACGUAAGAUGAAGGGUCUGAGGAAGAGGGGCCCGGCAGCCGCUGCUGUUGUGGAGGGAGAGACGUCCCCGAAAACAGCCAAAGUAGAAGUAGAGUGAAGUCUUCCCAGGCUUUAAUGGACGUUUCACAAGCUCACGUCACGCUAACUGUGGACGUUGACUGAUGUCUUCAGAAUUCUCAUCAAUGAUGAAAGAAUUACCCCCACAUGCAUGUUUACCUUCUGAAGGCAUGUUUGUCAAUGUGGUGUGCUUGUCAAUAUCUCUUGUUAAUGAUGUACAAAUCGUGUUCAUUCUGUUGCUUAGUCUGGAAAUGUUUUGUGUGAAAGGCAAGCCCGUCAGAUAUGUGUGCAUAAGGGGAAAAAAAGCGUAGUUCAAUUAACUGUCAAUGUUCUAAAAUAAAAUACUCU